AGUGGAAUCGGAAGGCAGAUGGUUUAACGGACCGUCUUUUCUUCAUCAACCGAUGGAUUUGUGGCCGGAGCAACCUCAGAUUAAGUCGACGGUGGCCGAGGAGCUCAGAGCAUGUUAUUUGUUCCAUCAUAUUGCUAUCACGCAGCCUAUCAUUGACGUGACCCGCAUUUCAAAAUGGAAGAUUCUUCUGAGGACGGUGGCUGUGGUGUUCCGCUUUAUUUCGAACUGCAGGCGUAGGCGUGCUGGUCUACCAAUCGAAGCAUUGAAAACCGCUGAGGGUAGGAAAUCGUCUGUGCCAGUUGUGCUGGUGGAAAUACAGCAGGAAGAGUUGGCGAAAGCGGAACGUUUGCUGUGGCGGAUGGCGCAGGCCGACGCAUUCCCGGACGAAGUUAAGAUUUUGAAGAGGAACAGGGAACUUCCAUUUGAGCAGUGGGUGUGUAUUGAAAGGUCGAGCAAGCUGUGCAAAACUUCGCCAUUUUUGGACGAUGAUGACGUUAUUCGAAUGGAAGGCAGAACAGCUCCAGCGGUAUUCGCAGCGGUUAGUACAAGAUUCCCGGUCAUACUGCCGAGAAAUCACAUCAUCACAACGAAGCUAUUGGAGGACUUCCACAUCAGGUAUGCCCAUGGCUCAAAGGAAACGGUGGUGAACGAAGUGCGGCAAGGGUAUUUCAUUCCGAAGCUACGAUCAGCAGUGAGCAAGGUGAUCGGUAACUGCUUGAAGUGUCGACUACGCAAAGCCAAACCAAUUGUGCCUAGGAUGGCACCACUACCCAUUCAGCGGAUGCAACCAUUUGUUCGACCUUUCAGUUACGUAGGGCUCGACUACUUUGGGCCAAUCGACGUCACCGUGGGAAGGCGCAAAGAAAAACGCUACGUGGCACUUUUCACGUGUCUGGUCAUACGAGCUGUGCACUGUGAAGUUGCGUACAGCCUGAGCACAGAGUCCUGUAAACACGCAAUCAGGCGGUUCAUCAGUCGACGCGGGUCCCCAGUCGAAAUAUUCUCGGAUAAUGGGACGAAUUUUCAGGGGGCCAGCCGAGAGUUACGAGAGGAAUUGGAGAGGAUCGACCGGGAUUGCGCGAACACUUUUACUGGCACGAAUACGAAGUGGACCUUCAACCCACCAUCUGCUCCUCACAUGGGCGGAGUAUGGGAGCGGAUGGUGCGGUCCGUCAAGGAAGCGAUGACGGCUUUGAGUGAUGGACGAAGGAUGACCGAUGAAAUCUUGAUCACGACUUUGGCUGAAGCAGAAUUUUUGGUCAACGCACGCCCGUUGACUUACUCGGGAACAGAAGAUGCCGAAUUGGACACGAUUACCCCGAAUCAUUUCCUGAUCGGGUCUUCUUCAGGACAACACCAACCUUUUCAACCGCCAGUAUCUUUAGCAGAAGAACUGAGGAGUAGCUACAAGCGGUCCUUGGCGUUGGCGAAUGAAUUUUGGACGAGAUGGUGUAAAGAGUAUCUGCCAACAUUGAAUCAGCGAAGUAAGUGGAACGUGGAUGGCAGGUCGGUGAAGGUGGGCGACCUGGUCUUCGUCAUGGAUGACGGAAAAGGUUCUGCAGGGGUUCGUGGCGUAGUUGAGGAAGUGUUCACUGGUGUCGAUGGACGUAUACGACAAGCUGUAGUUAGAACGGAUGGGGGAAUAUACAGACGACCAGUGGCAAAACUAGCGGUGCUGGAGAUAGGCGAUAAACCUGGGAAUACUUGCGGUGGACAGUCUGACCAGGGUUUAUGGGCUGGGGACUGUUCAAACCAACGGGAUUGACCUGUACGGCGACGAAUCCCUCGGUGUUUGACACGCUAUUGUAGGUAGUAUGUAGGUAAGCGAGGAGACUGACGUCUAUCUAUUGACAAUGAGAGCAAGCAGAUGAUGUAUAGUAUUGAAAAACGUGCAGACCAUGUGAGAUGUGGAUGUGCUUCAUGAUAGCGGAAUUUAUAUUGAAUUAGAUUGGAUUUUUACAUGAUUUCGCGAAAACUGUCUACAAUUUGGUGGUUCGCAUAAAUUUGGAAGCUAGGGAUUGCGGCAAAGAAUUAUUUGAUGGUGUAAAUCUCACACUUGUUUUUCUCUUAUAAAAUCGUAAGUUUCUAGUAAUUUUAAAGGUUCUAAAUAAGCUAACAUGUCACUAUUAUCUUUAGUGCGAUCUUCGUUUAGAAACCGCUUUCGGGCCGUGCGUAGGAUAAACGAUUAAGGGGAAAAUUAAUGUAAGAUUCACUAAAUGCGUAACCUCAAACGAAAUUAAAAUACAUCUAUAUUUGCAGCUUUGAGCGCAUAAACCACAAUCGCUUCAGAGAAGUUUUUCUACCCGAUCACAGUCCGAACAAUCAGGAAGAACUACCUGCAGCUCGCUCCUUACAAAUAACGCUUGGAUUCGGCAGAUGCUUCUCUGGUGCUAAUGUUCCAGAAAUUCUGCAGCCUUUUGUUCACGAUCGAGGUACACAAUAGGAAGAUGAAUAGAACGGUAUUUCAGGCUCGAACAAUGGAGAUUCGGGAGCAGUGAUGUACUUGAAGAUUUCAAUGGAUAUUCUGCAUGGAACUUAAUGGUGACCAAUAGGGAAUGUGCAAUUUUUUUUUUCAAUGAAUAAAGAGUUUUCAACUUCCUCUUGUCUUAGCGGUUUCUUUCUAUAUUCCCGGUUUAUAAUAAAGUUGCAUACAUGGGGGCUCCAUAAACACGGUGCUACUCAAUCUACGGCCAGCACAAUGGUUUAGCCGGCUUCCUUCCGGUUAAGCUAAGAUGUUGAGAGUGGCUGAGGCACACUACAAACUAAUGGUCUUCCAGAAACUAAAGAAGAAAAUCGUUAUGAUCCACAAUGCGUCUACAUUGCAGUGACAAUGAAUUUUGCUACUGCAAUCGCCGGAAUGCAUGUUUUCAACUGAUGACAUUUUGCCAUUACUUGUUUCUGCGAAUCAAAGCAGUCGGAUUGCUACGAUGAAAAUAUUUCCGUAGUAUUUUGUAGUAUUUUUGUAGUAUUUUCC